UAGCUCAAUGCCAGAGUCUGAUGUGUGGAUUUAUGCUUCAGCAGCAGGCCGGCUAGUGUUUUGGGAAGCCUUACUAUUUCUACGGCCUUUUGGAAGCGCUGCCGAGCGUCCUGGCAGAAAACAAUAGCCAUAGGUCACAAGUCUGGCGGGAAGCUUUUCAAGACUGCGUGGCUGGCCACCCCCGCCAGCUUUGAAUGGGACCAAACUGCACGGCACGCGUUUCGGCGGUGUGAGAUGAGGCGGACGCUUUGGUGCAGACAUUGGAGGGUAGAAUGAUUGGUAGAUGCAGAAACACAAGUCUUCAAAGCUACCGAGGCAGGCAAAUGGCGUGAAAUUUUCUCGACAUGUGUUUCUUGACUUUGAGCAGCGUUCAAAGUGUCUGCAUGGAGAUCUCUAGGGCAAUGCCAGACACGCCAGCAGAAGGAGGUCACGGACGACUGGCUGAGUGCGAGCACACCCCGGCUUUGUGAGUAGCGCUGUUCGGCAACGAAACGAACAUGGAGACAAACAGAAAUAUUGCAGAGAGCAUGGCUUCCUAUGAAGGUUUGUCUGAUCUUCAUCACCAUCUGAGUGAAAGUUCAGCAGAAAGUGUGAAAUUACUAAACACAGAGCUUCGAGAGCAUUUAGUGAGACUGAAAGCUCAGCUGGAAUUGCAGCGAGGCAGUGUCAAGCAUGUUUGCUGGCAAAAGGUCUUGGAUGCUAGGGCCAUAAGACAGCAGGAACAGCAGAAGGCAGCAGCAGCUAUGACAGAGCUGCGCCUUAGAAGUGACCGAGAGAAAACCCGUGAACUGUCCACGCAGAGAGAGUACUUGGUGCAUAAGUAUGAGGGGGAACUUCAGAAGCAAGCUAGACACAAAGAUGCAGAGAUAUGUAAGCUGCGGAUAGACCUGGACAGCAAAGAUUGUGUUAUUCGAAGGCUGAUCAGUGAAAACCGACGAGCCUCUCUUCGCACCACAUUUGACGGGCACAAGGUGCGCCUCAUCGAUGAGCUGAGUGAUCUCCGCAGUGCCAAGAGGCAGCUUGAGGAGCUUCUGGAAGCCUCGCAUUCAGCAGAGCGUGUUCACUGUGAUGAGCUCCGUAAACAGGAGGAGACUUUUCAAGGGGAGAUAGCACGUGUGAGGCGAGAAUCACAGUUGGAAAUAAGGCAGCUGAUUGAGCAACUGAAGAGCAAAGACAAGGUGAUUUCGCAGCUUGAGCGGGAGCUGGGACACCCGGCGGUGGUUGCUGGCCCCAGUGUAAUGGCGACAGAGGUCACACGAACCUUUUCGCCAGGGCAGCACAGCAACAAAAUGGAGACCCCUCAACUUUCCCCUCACGAAAUUCUUGAAGGCCUGACCAGGGUGUGUCAAAGUCUCCAUGGGACCAAAAACACCUCUUUCCCUGAUGGUGGCGAGGAGAAGGAGGCUGUGGAGAACUUUGCCAACCUUGAGGCCGAGAUUAAGGGGCUCCAUGACAGGGCACAGUCCCUGGCCCUCGACCGACAAAUGCUGCAUGACAAAGUCAAAGACUUUGAAACAAGGAACAAGCAGCUGGUCGAGAAAAACAAAAGGUUUUUGGAGAAGAAUAUAGAACUCACUACAUUAAACAGGAGUUUGAAGGAUGCAAAUCAGCUUAUGCAGCAGAAGCACAAGAAGAUGGUAGAAGAAGGGGAACAGUCAAGGCUCAAACUUUGUGACUUGGCACGAGAAUUACAGUGUGAGAAGGGACGGCGGCUGCAUUUUGAGUGCCAAUCACAGUGUGCGGAGGAACUUAAGAAACAGAUAUCUGAGCAAACGACCACCAUUGCAUCCCUGAAACAAGCUUGUUCUGAGAAAGACAGAAGAAUAGAACUUAUUCAGCACAGGAAGAAGAGGCGAAGGCUACUUCGGUCACAAGAGAAAUGUGCUGGUAUAAAAGAAACAUUUUAUGGAUAUGAUGAAGAUGAAAAUGACAAGUCUGUAGACUCAGAAACAUCCUUGUCAUCCAUAUCAGUCAGCACAUUGUCAGAAGAAGACCUUUGUGAUGAGCUUUGUCAUGAGGAACUGGAGCGAAGUCAUAGACAGCUGCUGCGAGAACACCUCCAGCUGGAGCGAUCUCAUGCCUUACUUCAAGCCCAUGCACAGUCUGCACAGGAUCCACAGAGGGAGCUGCAGACAAGAAGCCAGUUGCAGGCUGACCUGUUCUCAGCACAAUGUCGAGUGGAACUUCUAGAAAAAGAAAUCAAAUCCCUCCGCAGCAGCAAGCAUAGUGGAGACGCCAACAGUGAUGUGCAUGCACUUCUGCAAGAAAGGGACACUCUCAUGGCUUCUAAGAGGGACCUAACACACAAGCUGGAGCUUCUGGAUAGCGAAUGCAGGCAGCUCCGACAAGAGUUGCGGACAACAACAGAGCGAGCAGAGGACCUGGAGUUCCGUUUAUUGGAGCUGGAGGAAACUGCUGGACAGAGAGGAGAGGACCAGGAAGAAGAAUGUCUGAUAACAGAGAAGCAGGAGACAGUGCUAGGACAAGCUGGUCUCACUCCAGACAUCAUCUUCACAGAAGCGCCUGUCACUGAGGAGUCUGUCAGCAUGGAGGUGGAACGCCUGAGGCGGGAAUUAACAACUGCCCUCAAGGGUCAGGAUGUGGACGCCCAGGGUAUCAUGAAAUGGCUGGAGCACUUGCAACAAACAGAACAGAAGGUGUCUGGCCUAGAGCGCAUGUCUCAUGAACUGCAAACCAAAGUAAUUCACCUUCAGAAGGAGCGAGACAAUUUACAGGACCGACUUCUACGUGGUGCCCCUCUUUCCCUGGCAGCAGAGGUGGAGCGGAGACAAAAUCUGGAGCUUAAAGUUGAGUUUUUGGAGAAGGUGGAGAUUCAGUCAUCAAAGCGCAUUGUUGAGCUGGAGAUGAUUGAGAAAUCCCUUCGUGAACAGCUUAACACUCGUGACUCCCCGCAUAAGAGCGAUAGCAAUUAUAUAGCACUGCAAGAGAAAUUACAAGCCAUGGAGCUAGAUAAUCAAAUACUUUCAGACCGUAUCAGCGAACUGGAAGAAAAUGAAGAAAUUCUUCGAGAAAACUGGCGUAGAGUAGCUGAUGAGGAUUCUAAAAGAGCUCAGAUGCUUGAAGAGAAAGUGCGCAUCUUUGAGGUGACAAAUCGUGACCUCAGGGAGAAGUUAAGGGAAGCACAGGAUAUGGUAGUAAUACAUACUGGGCCAGCAGAGGGUUCUCUUGCGGAAGAACUGUUAGCCACUUCCAAAAGGACUCGACUGAGGCAGCAAAAAAGCAGCCAGUCAUCUAAAGGAUCAGUAGAGGAGGAGUUUGGUGAGGAGGGACCAGCUCGGAAAGUUGUCACUCUCAAGCGACAGCUCAGCGCGCUAGAAGAAGAGAAGAACAGCAAGAUUGCAAACCUGCAGGAGCGAAUUGCACAGAUGCGUGAGAAUGAAAUCAAGCUCAGUGAGACACUGGCAGAGAUGGAAAUGACUGAACGAGAAUUACGAGCCAAGCUGGCACUUUAUGAAAGUUCUGAGGUGACAGUUGAAAAGAUGCUCAAGUAUCAGGACAAAAUUAAGGAGUUGCGGUCAUCCCAGGAGAGUCUGCUAGACCAGCUUGAGACAAUGGAGAACCAGGAGCUCACCCUACAGCAGCGUCUUGAAGAGACUGAGAGACGCCUGAAAGGAAAGAUUCUACAGCUGGAGGUUGAGAUGAAGGGGCUUAAACAGAGUGAACUGAAGGGAGCAGGAAGAAUAAGGGAGCUAGAGAAACAAGAGCAUGAACUGAUGGAGAAGGUCACAAAGCAAGGAGAAAAAGAAAACGGUUUAUAUGUCCGCAUCUCAGCACUUAUGGAUGAGGUCAAAGGGUACCAGAUGAAGGUGACUGAGCUUGAGAAUACUGUUGCAGAAAAGGAAGAAAGGUGCAGGAAGGUAUCCUCACUUGAGAGCAAACUGCAGAAAAUUGAAGAAGCAUACCAUGAAAAGCAGGUGGCAUUAGAGACAAACCUAACUGUAGCUAAAAAUCAGCUUAUGGCUGAGCAAAAACAGCAUGAAGAAGCAGUGGGUGUUUUAUCAGGAAGGCUUGCUGGCCUUGAAGAGGCGGUUCAGACAAAGGAAAAAGAGCACACUCAGAGAGUCUUCAUUUUGGAAGGAAUGUUUGCACAAAAGGAGAAAGUAUUGAAUGGUAAAGUCGCAUCUUUAGAGACAGUGGUGGCUGAAAAAGAUGCCUUAGUAAGAACUUUAGAAAAGGAGUUGUCUGAGAAAGACACUUGCAUUGCUAGGCUAGAGAAUGAACUAACUACAGUUAAGAAAGAGGUUGAUGAAAAAAUUGCUCACAUUAGUGAUUUAGAAGCAGAGCUUUUAGCCAAAGAGGAUGCAGUGUCUGACAGGCUGAAUAAACUUCAGGAUACUUUGUAUGAAAAAGAAAAGCACAUCACAGCAUUGGAAGAAAAAGAUUCUCAAACAGCUUGUAUAAUUUCAAAACUUAAAGAUGAAAUAGAGCAGAAGGACAGGCGUAUUGCUGAACUUGAUAAAGAAUUGUCUGACAAAGAUGCACAGGCUUCUGAGAGCAUUUCACGGGUGGAAAGUGAGUUAAAUGCCAAGGAAAAAGCAUUUACCGACAGAACAGAAUGGUUGGAAAGUGAAUUGAAGAAAAAGGAAGUAGUAGUUGAUGAGCUGAAAUCAGAAUACAGAGAACAGUUAAAGAUGCAGGUUGGAGCAUUAGAAGAACAGCUGCAAUCUACAGAGGGCAAGCACCAUCAGAUUGUUGAUGCCUUGAAAAAUGAAUGUGAGAGUUUGAAAAAGGAAUUGCUGGAAAAAAGUCAGAGCAUUGAACGACUGGAAUCUACAAAGAAUCAGCUUCUGUCCAAAAUAGAAAUUUAUAAGGACAACGAGUUAGUGUUCCUUAGACAGGUGGAACUACUACAGACACAGCUGAGUGAUUCUGGAAAAGUUAUAGAGCAGCAGUGUUCACAAAUUACAGAUGUAGAAUCACAGUUGAAUAAGGCAAAGAGUAUGAUAAAAACAUUGCAGAAAAACUUGCAAAAGCUGAAGAAGAAGAAAAGAAGCAUGCAGCAAGAGUUGACACUCAGCUUCAACAAGAGGCACUGCUGAAGGCCCGAGUUUGUGAAGUAGAAGCUCAGCUAGAAGCAAAAGUAAAAGUCAGGAAGA